AUGAGGAAAUUCUUUGCACAUGCACUAGUGGAAGGCCAAGAUCCAUUCUUGGAGUAUGUUUUAGCAAUUUUAGGUUUGAAGGAAGUUGAGCACAAACUAACCGGAGAAGGCUUCUCUGAUUUCGAUCGCCAGAAGCUCACAACGGCUGAAUUGGCACUCGGAACAUACUCUGUCAUGAUUUAUGACCAACCAUUUUCUAGUUCUGAUCUUGCAGCCACCUACAACCUAGUCGACACCCUACGCACCAUCAGCAGAAUUCAGCAUUCAUCUGCAAUUAUGUCGUUGACCCAACUCUCCCAAGAAAUAUUCGAUCUUUUUGACCGAGUUAUACUGCUCAGUGAUGGCCAUGUUCUCUUCCAAGGUAGUCGCCAUGACGCCAUCCCAUACUUCACAAAAUUCGGGUACAUAAAACCAUUGCAUGUGGAAUCAAAUGAGUUUCUUGAAGACAUAGCAGCCGGAGAUGGGUCCAAGUAUAUGGCACCGGAAGCAACAUCCCCGACUCUAGAGGAGCUUAUUGAGUGCUACAACGCUUCAGAUCACUACAAGGACAUACUGAGGAUUGUGCAUGGAGAUGAGGUAAAGCAUACCUAUUGGGUAGACAGCGAGGCGGGACUUGGGUUGACUUUCAAGACACCAUCCAAGUACCAUUGUGCAGUUAAUGCACAGCCAAGAAAAGCGACAGAAUUGGUGGUUGCCAAGCUAUCAAGCAAAAUAGUGCAUUUAGGGGGAAUAGAAAGUACCGGGAGAGUUCAGGUUGGGGAUGUAGUGACCGCAAUAUCCAUAAACAAUGAUGAAACGCAAUAUCUCUCAGUUGGACCCCAAAGGCCACAACAUGAGCGAGCCUCACACGUAUACGCCAUCCUAAUGCAGGCGAGAGGGUAUAUUCGUCUCCAAGUUGAGCGUUACAAAGAAGAGGAAGAUGAGAACCAAGCUCAAUUGAAGCAAUUCCGGAGGCCGUUCGUCCAGACGUGGUGGGAGUCUACUCAAACACUCAUCAAGAGGCAAUUCAAGAUCACAAAGAGGCUUCAUGCUAUAAUCAAAUUGAGGCUUUUCCAGGCAAUUGUACUGGGCUUAUUUGUGGGAACACUAUUCUACAAGCUUGGCAGCAAUUACAACCAACGGCAUAUGAACUCAGUAAGGUCCCUCGGAUUUGUGUCCACAAUGAGCAUUAUGCUCAUAAAUUUGGUGCAGCUUCCUAUCUAUUUGCUCCAGAGGCCAAUAUUCUACAAGCACAAGGCUCAGAGAUUUUACAGGGUCUCCUCCUAUGUCGUUGCCCAUUGCAUAGUCAACCUACCGCAGACCCUAUUGGAAGCAAUAGCAUAUACAGUAGGUGCCUAUUUUCUAACCGGGCUAUCAUUAACAGGAAAUGGAGCACCAUUUUUCCAGUAUUUGCUACUCCUAUUCUUGGUCGCAUAUUUCGGAUCAGCAGUAUUUUUCUUUCUCAGUGCGAUUUCCUCAAUCCCAGAAGUUGGGAAUGCCUUGGCAGGACUAGUUGUUUCAAUCUUCCUGCUGUUCAGUGGUUUUCCGAUUUACCCAUCCAAUGUGCCAGUAUACUGGAAAUGGCUAGUCUACGCGAACCCAAUCCACUGGGCCAACGUCUUAUAUUGCAAGGCUCAAUUUGAAAAUGACUAUCAAGAUCCUUGCUCUGGCUACCAACUCCAACUUGCCUUCUGUGCUCAAUUCCCUGACAUGACCGUUGGAAAAGCAUACCUGGAAUAUUAUCAGCUGUCUGAAGAUGCUAAAAACCCCUGGCUCCCUUAUGUCGUUCUUAUUGGGUGGACUUUCAUUGCCAACUUCCUCGGAUUACUAGGACUAAAGAAGAUAGAAUUCACAGAAACUAGCCAAUCCUUACCCUCUAUCAGAUCGUCCCCAACAAUCAGCAACUAUAAAAAGGACAUGGAGAGGGAGUUUCAGUCACUGGAAAGUCACAAUGAACAAACCAAUAGUUUUGAAGCUUCUCAAAUUUCUGGACGACAAAGAGAUGGAAACAUAAGGGACAAUGGCCGAGUUGAAGAAUGGGUAGAGCAGUUCAGCAUCGAUAUGGAGAGGAAUGGACUAGGCAUUUCUGUAGAGCCAAUAACUCUCCUUUUUGAUGAUCUAUCAUUCAUGUGGUACGAUGAAGACAUGAAAGAUGGCUCUUCAAUUUUCAGCAACAUCACGGGUUUUGCUAGGCCUAAGAACAUGCUUGCUUUGAUGGGUGGUUCGAAAGGAAGUAAAUCUACUCUUCUAAAAUGCUUGGCUGGGAGGGCACCUUCAAUGGGUAGCCUCAAGGGCAGCCUCCAGGCAAAAUGUUGGGACAAGGGUGCUGCCUAUUCUAGACUUACUGGCUACGUAGAGAAGCUCGAUGCACACCAACCUUAUCUCUCAGUGCGUGAGACCCUUCAUUUCAGUGCGGCACUCCGUCUCAGUCAAACAAUCAGUUCUACGAAUCGUCGCAUCCAUGUGGAGCUAGUCCUUGACCAACUUGAUCUAUUGCCUUACUCAAAUCAACUAGUUGGUUCCCUUCGUGAUGCCACCGGUAAAACAUUUGAGAUAGCCAAAAAGAUUACCAUUGCUGUUGAACUCGCCGCUAAUCCAAGUAUUCUCUUUCUCGAAGAACCAAUAUCAGGACUGGACAGCAGAGGUACCUCAAGUAUCCUCACUAUUCUUUCUCAAGUUUCCAAUUCAGGGCGAGUUAUUAUUGCCACUUUAGCACACCCUAAUGCCCGCGCACUUGAUUUCUUCGACUUGGCCCUAAUUCUGACACAUGAAGGGCAGCAAGCAUACUUUGGCCCAACAGGACCCAACUGCAGUGACCUGCUAGAUUAUUUCUUAUCAGUUUUGAAAGUUCCCCGCAAUUCCAUAAGAGCGAGUCCAGUUAGUUUUGUCAUGUCGACUCUUGGAGUAGGCAUAAAAAAGAGAGCGACACCAUCGAUAAACUUUGCAGGGGCCUACCAAGCUAGUUCCCUGCAUGAAAUGAACAACAGAGAAAUCAACAGUAUAAACAGUUUAACUGAGGAUAGAAAUUCCAAGGUUUCCUCUUCUGUUUAUCCUGCUUCAUACACACUGCAAGCCCUAAUGGUACUACUCAGAACUCAAAGAUUCCUGUGGAGAAAUGUAGAGUACACAUAUGGUAGACUUACAGGGUGCAUCGUGAUUGGUCUUCUCAUGGGUUCCCUGUAUUGGAAGAUUGAAUAUGACGAUUUAUAUGGCCUGACUUCGCGCUCCCUCUAUAUAUAUAUGCAAGUAAUUCUCAUAGGAGUCAUAUCAGCAAAUAAUGUCAUUCCUCAGAUUGGCACAGACAGGUUAGUGUACUUUAGAGAAAAGAGAGCAGGGAUGUACCAUCCUAUCUUUUAUCCUCUGUCAUGGGCAAUGGGAGAAAUUCCAUACUUCUUCAUUGCAACUCUUGCAUUGGUAGGAAUCGGGAAUGUUAUGGCAGGAGUUGCAACCGGUUCCAUCCAUGAUUUCAUGAUGUACUGGACUGUGCUCUUUGUGUUCACAAUUUGCAUGACAUACUUCGGAAUGAUGAUUACUUUCCUAGCCCCAGUGCCUACACUAGCUGCAUUUGCUGUGUCGAUUGUGACAUCACUGUGGGUUUCGGCUUCUGGAGUAGUCGUCAUGCCAUUGGACAUAAGGUUCUACCGGUGGAUGUAUUGGAGCAACCCUCUCCAAUAUGCUGUAGACGUGAUGACGUCAAUCAGUUUCUACUGCAAUACUGAAGAGUGUGUAUCAGAUUGCAGUUGCCAAAAAUUACCCGACGGUUCUUAUGCAUGGGAUAGGUUGGCCUCCUUGUGGAGUUUGAGCUAUGACAGGAUAGGAACCGACAUGGUCAUCUUGUCCGCUCUGUCCCUCUUAUUUGCUUGCCUGGCUUUUCUCUUCUUUGUCGUUCUGAAGCACAACUCGCCCCCUCAAACAUAG